AUGGAUUUCAUACUUCAGAUAUUAAAACAUAAAUCUAAAUAACACAACUUUUGAUCCAUUGUUUUCCCAAAAGGGUUCGUGAAAGAAGCUUAAAGGCAAAUUCAAGAUACAAUUAUAUCGAGACAUUUUUUUUAAGUCUAUAAUUGUCAAAUUAAUUUGUGAAGCUAUUUGAAAUUCUUUGAAGAUGAAGCAAAGUUUAGGGAUGAAAUUGUGAGAGCCAUCUCUCGUCUAUUACCACAAAAGUAUCAUGUCCCUGCCAUCCGAGGAGAAGCACGCAUUUGCCAGGAGGUUGCAGAUUUCUUCAACUUUGUUCGUCCCAACGAAAGGGGAAUCUGCGUUGCAGGAUUAUAUGGAAUGCCGGGCAUGGGUAAAACUACAAUUGCCAAGUCUUUUUGCAAUCUUAAUUUCGAGAAUUUUGAUGGAAAAGUAUACCAUCUGGAAUUUGCUCUUCGAGGCCAUUCAAUGGACAGCAAAAAUUUUAAGUUGUUGACAAAGAGUUUACAGGGGCAAAGAGUAUUGUUGGUUCUGGACAAUAUCCAAACCGAAGAAAGCAUAGACAUUCUGAAAUAUUUUCUUCAAGCAGACUUGGGUGAAAAAAGUUGGAUCCUUUUAAGCGCACGAAGCGUAGAUGUUCUAAAGAAUUUCAAUGAUUUACAGUCAUGCAUGAGUGUCCCAGGCCUUGAAGAGAAAGAGGCGAUAGCCAUCUUGUUGGAAAGGACCUCUCUAGCGGAGUCAUCGUUGGAAGCGGAGAACAGAGGUUUCGCUCUGCAGUGUGCAAAUAGAUGUUUGUUCAAAGAGAUUAGUUUUAACAGUGUUAGGGGGGCUGACACAUUUCAUCCGUUAGCCUUAAAAACCUUUGGCCGAUACCUCUUUAGCAAAUAUGGUUCCGAUUUGUCAAAAUGGGUUCCUGAGUUAGAUGUCUUGGUCGCUGGAAAAGGUGUUGGUUUGGAUGACAUGUUCACUGUGCUCGACAAAGUUUUUGAGGAUAUGGAUCCAAGAUACCAAACCAUAUUUAUGCUUCUCAGUGUAUAUAUACCGCCUAAUAUGUCUCCCCUCAAAGUUGCUGAGUGGCUUGCAGUAAAUUGCAAGGAAGAGAUCGACUUCAUUGAGGAAGCGGUUGAGGAUCUAGUGCAGAAGGGUUUCAUUGAAGAAAUUAAACCAGAAAUUCGCAUACAUGAUCUGUAUGCGGAGUUUGCUCAAAGCAAAGCAAGAAAGAUGGUGAGAUGGCUGUGGUGCAAAGGAGACCCCACUACUUCAGAAGCUAGAGGAGUGUUGAUUUCAGAAGACGGAGGAGGAUUUGAAUUGAUAAAGCUAGAGUAUUGCCAGAAUCAAGAUCUGUCCAAGAUCGGCGAUAAGUACGUUAACAAUCUAUGGGCUCUUCAGGUUGUAGCUGCGUGCAAAGAGAUGAACAACCUUGGAUUGAGCUCCAUGAAAAAUAUAAGGAGCCUCAUUAUACACAAUUGUGAAUUUCUGGAAGUCCUUCAAGGAAUGGAAAAUUUGCCACACCUGGCGUGGUUUCAGAUAGUGAAUGUACCAAAGUUGAAGGUCUUGAAUUUAAGCAGCCUCAGUGCCUUAGAGUAUAUUGAGAUAAACACCAGCGGGCCCACUGAGCUUGGAGAUCUUACUGGUGGUGUUUCUCUAAGAGAAAUUUAUGUUCUCUGUCCAUCCCUCUCGGAGUUCCCAAGGAUAAAUGGUCUGCCAUAUUUGGAGAAAGCGAAGUUUAAAGCGUGUGAGGAAGUAAACGGCCCACUCGACUGUAGAGCAUGUGUAAAUCUUCAGAGCACUGCCUUCGAAAAUUGCUGGCAGAUGGCUCACAUACCAUUGAUCGAUGGUUGCUCCAGCAUAUCCAAAAUUGUUCUAAAUAGAUGUGAUCAGGUGACGGAAUGUUCAGAUGAAGAUGAAUCAAGUGCUUUAGGGAUAGUAAAGUUGUGCAUUUCAUCAGAAGAUGCUUCGGCGACAGGGAAUUCAGAAUGUUGUGAUGGACUGAAUAACGUUCCCUUAUGGAAUAUUGUGAUAUCGACGGAUGUUCCGAGUUUGAGACGUUUUUCAAAUUUGACUGUGCUUAAACUAUACAAUUGUGAUAUAUGUCAAGCACCGGAUGUUGCAUGUUGUGGAAUGUUGGAGGAUGUUUGCUUUUCCACAUUGAAAAAUUUAGAUAGCUUUCCCGAUUUCUCAUCACUAUGGAAGUUGAAGAAAUUAUGUUUAUGUAAUUGCCAGAGGGAUCGAGAUCCUCCCGAUAUCGGGGGAUGCUACUCAUUACAGGUGUUUCAUCUACUGUACAACGAUAAUUUGAAAGCACUUCCAAAGAUGGAUGGCUGGCAUCCAUUCGAGGAAAUCAAAUUGAGUUGGCAAUCGGAGGAGGUCUUUGAUUAUUCUGACAGCUAUGAAUAUGACGAUAUAGAAUUUUGUCUGGAUUACCAGAGAGAGGAGAUCUUCAGAAACAUAAAUGAUAUAUUUAUGCCAGUGGAACUGAAGAAGUGGCAGUGGAUACAGAGGAAGGCCGUGCGGGUGAAGCAAUAUUUCCGUGGAAUGAAGGCGUAUUACUUUAUCACGGCUCCCUCUGAAUUGUACGGUGAACGCGAGGCGCGGAAGCAAGCUUGUAAUGCCGACCCUCUUGAUCAAGCUAUUAAUCACAGGGCAAGUGGCAUCUCGGGUAAGCUUUUAAUACCAACUUUAAAUGCUUUAUUUAACAAACCAAAAUCAGGCAAGAUAUUAUCAAAGUUUUAUUAUAAUUUUAUUAUGAACGAUUGGGUUUCAUUAUUUCAAUAA